CCCUAUUCUACCUGUCAACCUCUACGCUCUUUUCCUCACCUCCUUGUCAAUCAACACUCAGAUCACUUUCGCGAUAGAUGGUCGCGCCACCAUGGCAUUCUGCCAGCGGGUAAAUUAUGGAAAUUCCUCUGGUUUCCAGGCAUGUUCGCUGGUCCGACUGGCCAUGAAAAAGGGGAUCUGGAAGUCCCACAUCACAAAUGCCAAGUCUGCGUGCGUGCAUUUGUCUUCAACCAGCCAUUCACUACAGCUUUACCUGAAUGGUUGCACCAGAUUCCCAGAGCGUCAGCCCGGUAUUGGGAUCGAUGAUGGCUAGAAUCAAUUGUUCGCAGCACUUAUUCCAGAUUGAAAG